GCAGCUUCAAACCCGUCUAUAUAAGAAGAUGGUGCUGGAGCGAGAUGUACGUGCAAGAAGCUCUGCAACAAAGAUAUCAUCAUCAAUUAAUGGAUAUCGUUCAUAGCCAGGGAGCAACUGAGCUGUUUGAAGUUCAGUCUCACUUGUACAAACACAUAUUCAGCUUCAUAGAUUCCAUGUCACUCAAUUGCGCCAUUCAGCUAGCCAUACCCGACAUAAUCCACACCCAUGCCCGACCCAUCACUCUUCCACAGUUGGCCUCCAAGCUUCACAUUCACCCCAAAAAAACCAGCUGCCUCCACCGGCUCAUGCGCUUGUUGGUGCACUCCGGCUUCUUCACUAAGACAAAACUUCAUCAUCAUCAUCAAAAUCAUCCAGAAGAUGAUGAAGAAAAAGAAGAAGAAGAAGAAGGCUAUGGUCUCACACCUUCCUCUAGGCUCGUCGUCAAAGAUAAUGUCACCAGCCUGUCACCAUUUGUUAAAGCAAUGCUGGAUCCUGUCCUGGUGAGCCCCUGGCAUGUCUUGGGAGAUUGGCUUCGGGGGGGGAGUACUCAGGAGCUGACGCCCUUUGAGAAAACGCAUGGGAUGAGCAUAUCGAAUUACUUAAACCAAAACACAGAGUACGGCUGCGUUUUCAAUGAAGCCAUGGCCAGUGAUUCCCAGCUUAUGAGCUUCCUCGUUGACGACUACAAGCCCAUCUUUGAAGGCUUGGGCUCGUUGGUUGACGUUGGAGGGGGUACCGGGACAGUGGCGAGGAUCAUUUCUCAGGCGUUCCCUCACGUGAAAUGCACGGUGUUUGACCUUCCACACGUCGUUGCCAACCUGCCGGAGACUACCAACUUGAAAUAUGUUGGUGGUGAUAUGUUUCAGUCUAUUCCUUAUGCAGAUGCCCUUCUCUUUAAGUGGAUUUUGCAUGAUUGGAGCGAUGAGGAAUGUGUGAACAUUCUGAAGAGAUGCAAAGAGGCGAUUACAAGCAAAGGUAAGGGAGGAAAGGUAAUAAUCAUAGACGUGGUGAUAAAUGAGGAUAAGGAUGAAGAUGAUAUUACUAAAACAAAGCUCUUCUUUGACACACUCAUGAUGGUUGUCAACACUGGAAAAGAGAGGGAGAAGAAUGAAUGGGAGAAGCUCUUCUUCGAUGCUGGCUUCACCCGCUACAAUAUAGUUGCCUCCUAUGGGAUGAAAUCCGUUAUUGAGCUUCAUCCUUAAGAUUAAAAUAAUUAACUACAAUAUAUAUAUAUAUAUAUAAUUAAUCUUAAAAUUCAUGUGUGUAUAUAUAUAUAUAUAUAUAUAUAUAUAUACAUGAAUUUUAAGAUUAAUUAUAAUUAAGCUUAAUGUAUCUUGCUUCUUAAUUAAAGUUGUUUUUUUUAAGGUUGUUUCAGUGUAUUUAAAUGCACAGGUGGCUGAAAGUGGGGUCGGGUUCUCUUCUGAAUAAUUUUCCUCGUACCUUGUCUUGAGUGUGCUGUAGAUGUGCAACCCUAAUAAUGAGACACGAUUGGUGGUGCCGCUGAUAAAGACAUGGCCCAAAUUCUAUGGUUUUAAAUUUUUCAUGUUGAGAAAUGCUAUUUAAUAUUGGUGGUUUUAGU